GUGCACUGUAGAGACCCCUGUCCGGCAACUUCCGUCUGCGCCUAUCGCAUCGAUUGCAGCUUCUCAAAUCACUCCACCAUUCUAGAAUUUAGAUAUUCGUCUUCUUCGUACUGAACAUUAUAUACUUGUAGACAUUUUGAGUUACUUCUCAUAAUACCUAUAAGGGGUUCCCGAAAAAUUAGCCCAAUGUCUCGCGCAGCAAAAUUAACACUCUUCGGCACUUCACUAUUCGCCGCCGGCACUAUUGUCUUCGUACAUUAUGCGCAGACGGCCGAGAAAGCUGCAAUGCACGCAGGCGUAAUCCGAGACAUGGAACAACAGCGCAUAAAAAAAGAGCGGCAGUUGGAUUUCGAUUUGCAGCGGGCGAUGGAAGAAGAAUAUAGGAAGGUGCAGAAUGUUAGUGAUGGGACCACGAGGUGAUAUUGCUCUGCGGCUUCAGACGAGUGUACGUGUUCUGUUUAGGUAUUACGAAUCAUGGUACUUGUUUGAACAAUGAACGAGAGGGAGAUGUAUAUUACAAACUUGGGUACACGGCGACAAAAAUUAGGGAUCAAUAUGUAUGAGUAGGUAUGAAAUUGAAAUGCUGGAAGUCCUAGAGUAUGAUUGCAGCAUGUAUCCAUGAAUGGCAUGAUCUAAGGGACAUAUUAAGUCCUGUACAAAUGGGUCAUAAAAAAGAUUCGAGAGAAUUUUUGAAGAGAACCUUAACAAAAACAAAAGAGAUCAAGUCACAACAUCGAUCA